AUGGUGAAGAAAAAGCCGCUUCGUCUCAUAGCGGAGAUGGCUCGGAAGGUCCGCGCCUACCGGGAACUGAAAAACCGACCGCGGGAAUCGCAGAAGUUCGCCCUCGACUACGACACCAUGAGGCGGCCUCACACGGGCAAGAUGCUGCCCGUGCUGGCCUGGAAGGAUGUCCGCCGCGAGAGUCGCCUCUUCUCUCUGCUGGCAGGUAUGCGGAUGUUCGGUGUGGGCCGAGUCUUCACUCGCAAGUCGUGGCUGGAGGAUCACACGGAGCCCAGUUACUGGCAGCUCACCAAAGUCAAGGUGGACUACACAGCUGAGAACAUGGAUCAUGGAAAAGCUUGGGGCAUCCUCACCUUUAAAGGAAAAGAGGAGAAAGAGGUCAAGGAAGUGGAUCAGGUGAUGUACCACGACUGGCGUCUGGUUCCGAAACACAUGGAGCAACAAUUGAAGGACUUUGUGCCUCUUCCUGAGCCGCCCGUACGCUACGUCGUUUACCCUCCGCUGCUGCGCGCCAUGAAGCUGGCGCGGUACAAGCAGACGGAAGGCAGCGUUCUGAACGAGGAGCCCCUUCUGCCUUUGGAAAGGGAAGUGGUGCUCACCAAAGAAUAUUUCCAGAGUCAAGACCACGGGAAGAAAUUGAGACAGGAGACGGCCGUGUGACGUCUGCAGUUGUGAAACUCAAGGACAAGAGCCCAAAUUGUGCUUCCGUCGUAUGGAACUGACUCGUUUCCACAUUUAAAAUCACUUGUCAAAUGUAUGAUGAAGAUUAAACAAAUAUGUGAACCCUC